CGCAAUACAAUGACAUUCUUUUGCGCGAGGCUAUGCAGUGAAAUUCAUCCCAUCCCUUCGGAUGAUCCUCUGAUUUUCCAGUUGUAUCGUCACUGCCCGCCAUCGUUACACACCUCACCACAAUGAUUAGGCUUUCGCGAUGACUCAUCAACUUAGCUGCGCAACUGCGCCUGGCUGGGCGUUCUUCUAAUCAACACAAAACUGAAGCCUUACCCUUGCCUUUUUCUCGAAACAAUAUCGCGAACUCGCUAACCAACAACACUGGCAUUUUAUAUCUGAAACUCGCACCAGAAUGUCUACAGAACCCCACCCCCGCGUUGGCGUCGCCGCCCUUAUCUACAACCGCGAUGGCAAGUUCCUCACUGGAAAGAGAAUAGGAAGUCACGGAGCCGGAACAAUCCAACUCCCAGGUGGUCAUCUAGACUACGGCGAGAGCUUCCUCGCCUGCGCAGAGCGAGAAACCCUUGAAGAGACAGGCCUCAAGAUCCGCGCUAUCAAACACGUCGCUACUACAAACGACGUGUUUCAAACAGAGAAGAAGCACUACAUCACUAUUUUUGUGUACUGCGAGAUGGUCGAUCAGAAUGCGGAACCCCAGAUCCUUGAACCAAAGAAGUGUGAAGGCUGGUAUUGGAAGACAUGGGAUGAUCUUAAGAAGAUCAAUGCUUCGAGAGACAAUGGGGAGAAGUUGUUUUUGCCGCUGAUCAAUCUACUGGGGCAGACACAGGAUUUGGAGUCAUUGAAGGUUAAAUGGUGGUAGAUGACCUCUUUCUUUCGGCACGAUGUCUCACUUGCUUCACAAAUCCGGGGUGCAUUAGACUAGAACCAGAUGCGAAUUGCCACCAUGGUGGGAGUGAUGAAUUACCACCUAUAAGUAUUCGCUAAGAGAAUCACAAUGCAUUGUAUUGCGAGAAGAGCUUAUACUCCUCAACCAAAAGAAC